GAACGCAUGAAUUUGUCCCAAACUCUCCGAUGAAAACAUUGUUGAAAAAUGACUUUGACGAGGGGGUUUAGGGUAAUUGCGAAAGUAGGUGACCCCUGAUAGAAAUUGAAAAUCAAUAAAGUGCAGUAGAGUCAAUAGUAUACAGGGAAGGAAGGUAGCUCCACUUCUGUCGUUUCGAGGUUAUGUCGGUCGAGACGCAGAAAGCGCAGAGCGUCAAACGUUCUAUUUUCGUUUCGGUGAAGUGUUUAUUCUUGCUGGUCGCAGGCGCGCGUCACACAUUAUAAUGCAUCUAAAUGUGAGAAGAAGUCACGAAAGUGCCGUGAGAUAGUACAAACAUGGGCAGAAGAAAAUCUCACGCAUCAUCCAAAAGUAAACACGUUCCAAGUCAAAGGCAAUUAUCUUCACCGAAAAGGAACGAAUUAAAUGCCUUGUGUGAAAAGUUGUUUCAUCUUAGCAGUAAUUCAGCUUACGUGACACAGCUAUGGGACAACUAUAUAGAAAUAUCAUCAGUUUUGGAGAAGGUUAAAAGGUUGGAGGAGAUGAAGACAGAGUCAUUGAAGCGGUCCAAUGGCAUCGGACAAUUUAUGAAUUGGCUCAAAGAGAAUGGGGCUAGCAUCGAUGGAGCAAGCGUGGCUGAAUUUCCAGGAUAUGAUUUAGGAUUGAAAGCGGAACGCAACUUCCUGGAAAAUGAGUUGAUUUUAAGAAUACCGAGGGAACUUAUCUUCAGUAUACACAACGUGGCGCCGGAGUUAGCUUGUCUCCAAAAUGAUCCAUUGAUACAGCAUAUGCCACAGGUGGCUUUGGCAAUCGCGCUUCUGAUCGAAAGACAUAAAGAGAGCUCUAAAUGGAAACCUUAUUUGGAAAUCCUUCCAACAAGUUACACCACUGUGCUAUAUAUGACAGCUGCCGAGAUGAUCGAACUUAAAGGCAGCCCUACAUUAGAGGCUGCCUUGAAGCAAUGUAGAAAUAUUGCAAGACAGUAUUCCUAUUUUAGUAAAGUAUUUCAAAGUAACAAUAACGCUGUGUCUGCUAUACUCAGGGAUGUUUUUACAUACGAAAGAUACUGCUGGGCAGUUUCUACGAUCAUGACGAGGCAGAACCUAAUUCCGAGCGAGGACGGCUCACGCAUGAUCCACGCUUUGAUCCCGAUGUGGGACAUGUGCAAUCAUGUGAACGGAAGAAUCACCACCGAUUUCAAUGCGACGACCAACUGCUGCGAGUGUUACGCUCUGAGGAACUUCAAGAAAGGAGAGCAAAUAUUCAUUAGCUACGGGCCUAGAACGAAUUCCGACUUCUUCGUUCACUCCGGAUUCGUUUAUAUGGACAACAAAGAAGAUGGUUUUAAACUUCGUCUGGGGAUCAGCAAAGCCGAUUCCCUGCAAAGGGAGCGUAUCGAGUUAUUGAACAAGCUGGACCUACCAUCGAUGAGCGAGUUCCUGUUGAAGCCAGGAACAGAGCCAAUCUCGGAUCUGUUACUGGCAUUCCUCAGGGUGUUCAGCAUGCGUAAACAGGAACUGACGCAUUGGCUCCGCUCGGACCGGGUCAACGAUUUGAAGCACAUGGACUGCGCUCUAGAGACAGUCGUCGAGGAGAACGUCAGGAAAUUUCUGCUUACCAGGCUGCAGCUCCUAAUUGCUAAUUACCCGACGACUCUGAAGGAAGAUCUGCAAUUACUCGAGACAUCGUUACCGCAAAUUAAGAAGUUAGCCAUCCAGCUGAGAGUAACAGAGAAGAAGAUUCUCUUAGCCGCUCUCGAGUACGUGGAACAGUGGAUCAAGGCUUAAGGGGAAACCAGAAACGAAUCUCAUCGCACUGAAACGAAAAAAAACAAACAAAAAACAAGUCAUUCUUUUCUCGAUGUUAAACGGUUUUUUCUAACGGCAUUACUAACCCGAUGUUUGCUUCUUAACUAUUCUUGGUUCACCUCCGGAUGGGACACGUAUUUAAUUACUACAUAUGUAAGCGGCGAAUGCCUAAAUCUAUUCGAAUUCUCGCCAGUAGAUUGCGGAUUUUUAUACCUUUAUUGUUGUACAUGCAAAUCCAUGCAAUUAUAUUUAUAGUAUUUUUAUUUUUACCAAGGAGUCUCGUCGCCGAAAGACGUAUUUUUAGUUCUUAUUGUUUUUUUCACAUGAUAUUAAAAAGUACUAUAAAUAUUGCGACAAUGAUAAAAAUUUCCAUUCAAAAUGGUGAUUCGCACGGGGAUCCGUAAUCUACUCGUCAGUUUUUUCUAGAAAUAUUAUCGAGCUUACUUCUCUAAGACACACAUCGAGUCUAUCACCUAAUAUAAAUAACUAACACAUAAGUUAACCGGCAGAAGACGGGACGUUGAAAAUAGUGUUUAAAACGCUGGGUCGAAAGGGACCCCACCAUCCGUCGGUUGAGAAGCAAACAGUAAUCCCCAAUCCGAUUGUGUCGUUACUUCUUUUGUAUUUAUUCGUGUGGUAAUGGCUGCGGGUCAGCGAGUCACUAACCAUUGCCGAAUUCCGGCCGUAAUCAAUGAUCUAAUUAAUAUAUGGAUGUAUCUCAAUAUUUUAUUUUCCAUGAUGCUAUUUACACUUGCAGAAUAAACUUGAUACGGCUAAUGUAGAUAACGUGAUAUAUAACGACGUGUAAUAUUCUACUAUUAACUAAACGACAACAUCGAAUAAAUCUUUUCUUCGAGAUUUUGACAAAUUCUUUGACACAGUGACGUCAACUUCAUUCUCGUGGGUAACCAGCACCAUGGAGAUAAAAUGAUUUUUGUGAAUCUGAAUUUAUACAUAUAAAUAAUAUGAAUGGUCCGUUGUAUAGUACCUGGCAAAACCUUAACAACGCGGUCAUACGUAAUCCUUUGAAGAUUAAUUUCUCUUUAGCAUUUACUAUAUUAUUUAUUGAAGGGUAUGAUAUGCCCUUGAACGUCAUUCUUAUUGAAGAGUCAGCAUGAUCAAGUUAUUUAGUUUUAUCAGGUAUCUCGUAUAUGAAACAAUACGGAGCCGUAAAUGACAAACGGAAAUGGGAGCAACGGUGUGAAAAACAUUGAAGCCUACGUGGACCUUCGAAUGAUUCUAUAUAUGUGUACGUGUAUUAACAACAACCAUACAAUGCAAUGUCAAGUAACUGCAUGUUUCAAGAUAUUUUUGCUCUUGUUGUCGAGAAAUAAGAACUUGUAUGAAAAUAUUAGCAGUUCCGAUCGAUAUUGAUCGGAUCGUAUACUAACAAAGUUCUAACUUCGUGAUUUCAAGAACUUAACAGGCGCAACAUACUCUUAUUUCAGCUUUGAUAAGAAAUUGACAAAAAAAAAGAUGAAAAAAAAUGAACAUGUACAAAUAAAAUGUUACUACUCAUGGAUAUUUAUUUUUCACAGAGGAUAGUUAAGAGAUCUAAUUCUUUAUGCGAGCUAUUGUGCGUAUUACACAGACCUACCGAUGAUCAGACUUACGAAUGAUUGUAACCCGUAAGAUUUACCGAUGUAUUUAUGAAAUUCUACCAGUACUCAUAAAACUAAUACGAACAGCGAA